AUGUCCAGAGGAGACAUGGCCAAACCUCUGCUGGGCCAUCGGAGCACGGAGGGUGACUCCAGCCCCACGCCGCCGGCCGGCCGCACCGUGGGGGUGCUGGGCAGCGGGGACUUUGCGCGGUCCUUGGCCGUGCGCCUGGUGUGCUCCGGGUUCAAGGUGGUGGUCGGCAGCCGCAACCCGAAGCGGAAAGCCAGCCUCUUCCCUGCUGCAGCAGAGGUCACCUUCCAGGCCGAGGCGGUGAAGAAGGCGGAUGUCAUUUUUGUGGCGAUUUUCAGGGAACAUUACUCCACCCUCUGUGACCUGGCUGAUGUGCUGGUGGGCAAGAUCCUGGUGGAUGUUAGUAACAACACCGAGAUCAACCAUCACAAGGAAUCCAACGCGGAGUACUUGGCCUCCCUGUUCCCAGCCUGCACCGUGGUAAAGGGGUUUAAUGUGGUUUCUGCGUGGACGCUGCAGUCGGGUGCCAGGGAUGGAAAUAAGCAGGUUCUGAUCUGCUCAAAUAACCAAGAAGCCAAGCGCACAGUAGCAGAAAUUGCUCAGGUCAUGGGAUUCACCCCUGUGGACAUGGGCUGCAUGUCAUCAGCCUGCGAGAUCGAGAACAUUCCCCUGCGCCUCUUGCCAGCCUGGAAAAUCCCCAUCUUUUUGGCUCUGGGGCUCUUUCUUUGCUUCUUCACCUACAACCUGAUCCGGCAGGUCAUCCACCCUUACAUCAGGGAGCAGAAGAACAAGCUGUACAAGAUCCCCAUCGAGGUGGUCAACACCACGCUGCCGUGCGUGUCCUAUGUCAUGCUGUCUCUCGUCUACCUGCCCGGGGUGCUGGCAGCCUGCUCCCAGCUCUACUACGGCACCAAGUACAGGCGCUUCCCAGACUGGCUGGACCAGUGGCUCCAGCACCGAAAGCAGAUUGGUCUCCUCAGCUUCUUCUGUGCAGCCCUGCACGCCGUCUACAGCCUCUGCCUGCCCAUGCGCCGCUCCCACCGGUACCUGCUAAUCGAGACCGCCGUCAAGCAGGCUGUGGAGAAGAAGAUGACAAUCUGGGUAGAGGAGGAAGUCUGGAGGAUGGAGAUUUAUAUUUCUGUUGGAAUAAUUGCCCUGGGCUUGCUGUCGUUACUUGCCAUCACUUCACUUCCAUCCAUCGCAAACUCUCUCAACUGGAGGGAAUUCAGUUUCAUUCAGUCCUCCCUUGGAUUUAUUGCCUUGGUGAUCAGCACUCUGCACACACUCACCUACGGCUGGUCGAGGGCCUUCGAUGAGAAUCAGUACAAAUUCUACCUGCCCCCAACCUACACCCUCACACUGCUUGUCCCAUGCACUGUGAUCAUAGCUAAAAUCAUCUUCAGUUUGCCCUGCAUCCACCACAGACUUCUGCGAAUCAGGAGGGGCUGGGAGAAGGGCAGAUACGUCAAAUUUGUUCUGCCCAGCGCAACGGGGGAAUUUUCAAGCGGGGAGACCUCCAGUAAUGUUUAACAGCCCCAGCUUUGAGGAUUUUGGAGCACUAUCACCGUUUCUAUAAAGGUGUUUCUCUUUCUUAAAUAUGUGUAUGUUUUGGUAUAAUGGUAUUGUGGAUAAAAUAAUAAAACUUGGUGACUUUAGAAAAUGGACAACCACCAAACUAGGUUAGACAGUAGUAGUUAAAUUAUAUUGCUGAUUUGCUAGGACAAUUAUUGCCUUAAAAAUGAUUGAGAGCCAAGAUAGCAGCACUAAUAUACAUGGGAAACUGAUGGACUCUGUUGGUCAGAUCAGUCACUUGAGGUGCUGGCUGGCAGCUCCCCAAAACAGUACUUCUCAGUUGCUUUCCUAGCUGCUCUCAUAAAUUUCAAUGCCUUUUUUUUUUUAAUAUGAGGUUGCACAGAUUUUUUUGGACUUUAUGACAGCAAAGAUAGGUAUCUUUGCCUCUUAAGUGUAUGGAUCAGUCAAGGCAGUGAGGUUUAGAAAGAUCUAUUGCCUCUGGUUUUGUUCUCCUCAAUGAACUCUGUGGAGUCAGAACAGCUAUAUUUAAGUUAUUGUGACAGCAGAUUUUACUAAAAUCAUCAAAUCUGACAGCAAGCCCAGUAUCCCUGUUCUCUCAAAUACAGACAGCACUUCUGGUCCUGAAAGCAGUGUCUGAUGCAUGUUUAUAAGCUGAGGAAAUAAAGCACCUUUUCCAGCAGUAUAAAAGCAUUUGAGAGACAUCCCCAAUACCAGACGUCUGGUCUGCACUGCUGGCUCUGAGAUGAUAGUUACUGCUGCAUGCUCUCUGUUAUACUGAGCCAAAGUUUCAAGCAGUGUUUGAUUGAAAUAGAGCGAGGAUAAUUAUUGGAAAUGCCUGCUGCUUCACAAAAUUACAUGGAGAAAACCAAGGCCUUCCGGCUGGCCUUACACCAAAUAAUAUGGUG